AUUUUCAGAUGCUUGGAAGUUUAUUUGAUGCAUUGGUAACCGUACAAAAUGAGCUCGCAAACAGUGUGCAAAAACUACGAAGCACCACACCAUCUGCUGUACAAAGGAGCUCAUCUGAAGCAAUUGCAUCUCUUUUGAAAACACAGGCUGGAAGCAACUUACUUUUGAAAUAUCAACUAAAUAUCGAAAUGAUAGAGCAAAUGAAUGAUGAAAAUAUACGUUUGGCAAAUUUGUGCAGUACUCGUAUGGGACGAGCGCAACAGAUGUGUAACGAACGUGCUGAAGUUAUUUUAGCAUGCUACAAUCAUUUACGUACGUUAAAUCAGACAACAAAGGAGCUAAUUGAUUUGAAUAACAAAAUUAACAAAUUGAAUCGAUUCUGUUUACAAACGGAACAAGCGAUGACACAUUUGGAGGGAUUACUAAUCAUUGCUGAUACUGAAGCAGAUAUCGCUUUCAUGAAAAGUGAUUUAAAAAAGGAGAAAGCAAAAAUCAGUAGUUUUUUGAAGUCUUGCAAUAACAUUAUGGAUGUUGGUCAUUCACCGUUGGCAUUGAAUCAGGAUGAAUUGCGGUUACAGAGUCAAUUUAAUUUGGAAAAAGAACAUUUGGAGGAAGUUGCAUUAGAAGAAUUUUUGAGUUAUCAUGAAAAUGAAGAUUAACUUUAUCACUUCUUUCUUCAGGUACUCCAUCGCUUACUGCGAUUUUCCAAUAGUAGUACUUGGUCAGUAAGCUUUUUCGACAUGACACUUGGUGAUAAAGGAAAUAUGUGUGUGUGUGUUUUUUUUCUUUUGUUGUGCUCUUUUUACUUGUGUGAUAGCAUUGUUAUUCUUGUUGUUCAAUGUAAUUUCCAGCCAGUUCCAUUUGUCUAGAAAUCUUCGUUUAUGCAAUAUUGGUAUGCGGAUUUGCAGAUGUAGAUUUGUUUGUGUUUAAUGUAUCACAGAUACGAAAUUCUUGGUAAUUCUUAUUCAGGUGUAUAAGCCGAACAACGAAAUUUAAAAAUACCGACUCAAAACAUUCGGUGAGCCC